AUGUUAUCCACUCGUUUUUCUGGCAUAUCUCGUGCACGCGCGAACCUGUAUUAUUUCUCUUUUACCUCUGCAAUUUUACGUAACGCAUCUACUUGGGCUAAUGUUCCACAGGGUCCUGCUGAUCCGAUCCUUGGUAUCACCGAGGCUUUCAAAGCUGAUAAUGACCCGAAGAAAAUGAACUUGGGUGUGGGUGCAUAUCGAGAUGAUAGUGGUAAACCUUAUGUGUUGAGUGCUGUGCGAAAAGCAGAACAAUUGAUUCUUCAAGAUAAACUUGAUAAAGAAUACCUGCCUAUCAAUGGUCUCGCCAGUUUCACUCAGAGUGCUGCUUUAUUGGCAUACGGUAAAGAUUCAAUUCCAUUAAUUGAAAAAAGGAUCGCAGCUACCCAAUCUAUUUCGGGUACGGGUGCUCUGCGUAUAGGUGGCACUUUUAUUUCGAGAUUUUACCCACACGCGAAAAAAAUCUAUCUUCCCACUCCCACUUGGGGUAAUCAUAAUGCAGUGUUUAAAGACUCCGGAUUGGAGGUUGCUAGUUAUCGAUAUUUCGACAAGAGUACAAUUGGGCUAGAUUUCAAAGGUCUUCUGGAGGAUUUGAAGAAUGCUCCAAAACAUUCAAUUUUCCUACUACAUGCAUGCGCACAUAAUCCCACUGGAGUAGAUCCAACUCGAGAACAAUGGGACGAAAUAUCAAAUAUUAUUAAAGAACAAGAACACUUUCCAUUCUUCGAUAUGGCAUAUCAAGGAUUCGCAUCAGGAGACACCAAUCGUGAUGCAUACGCAUUACGUAAAUUCGUAUCUGACGGUCACCACAUUGCACUAGCACAAUCGUUUGCGAAAAAUAUGGGGCUAUACGGCGAACGUGCUGGAACAUUCUCAAUUAUCACGUCCAGUCCACAAGAGAAAACGGUUGUCGAUUCACAAUUAAAGAUCCUUAUAAGACCGAUGUAUUCGAAUCCGCCACUGAAUGGUGCGAGAAUCGCUAGUUAUGUGUUGGGAAAUUCAGAGUUGAAUCAAGAAUGGCUUUCCGAAGUAAAAUUAAUGGCCGAUCGUAUUAUCACAAUGCGAGAUAAACUAAAAAAUCAUUUAGUCAACGAUGUUGGAUCGAAACAUCCUUGGAAUCAUAUCACUGAUCAAAUUGGAAUGUUUUGUUUUACUGGAUUGACUCCUCAGCAGGUUGAACGUAUCACCAAAGAAUUUCAUGUUUAUCUCACCAAAGAUGGACGAAUCUCACUCGCUGGUAUCUCAUCACAUAAUGUCAAAUAUCUGGCAGAGGCUAUUCAUGAAGUUACCAGAUGA